ACCUCAGUCAUCGGUUUGCUCACUCCCUUAUGUGAUGAAUCAAUGCUUCCAGAACAGGGGUUUCCGAGGGACUGCGGGAACAAUUACUUCCAAAUGAACUCGGGCGUCCUAGCUGGGAGCAUUCAGACCACACCCCAGGUCUCUUCUGGUGAUUCUGAAGCCAAACCUCUGAUCUUCACAUUUGUCCCUACUGUCAGAAGACUACCAACCCACUCUAAGUUGGCCGACACCUCUAAAUUCCUUGUUAAAAUUCCCGAGGAACCAAGUGAUAAGACUCCAGAAACUGUAAAUAGGUCUGAGUCCAAUGAGUACUUGACCUUGAAUGCUGGGAGCCAACAGGAGAGAAACCAAGGGACAUUGAUUUAUCCUUCAGAGGGCAGUGAAAAGGUUUUGCAAGCAAGGGGAAUUAAAGCAAACGAACUUCAAGGAAUGCAGCAAAGUGACCUCUUCAAAGCUGAAUAUGUCUUUAUCGUGGACUCAGAAGGGGAAGAUGAAGCUCCAAGUGGAAAAGGUGAACAAGGCCCCCCUGGGGGGAUGAGCACUACAGCUUCUCGGCCCAAAUCUCUAGCAAUUUCUUCCAGUCUGGUUUCUGACGUGGUACGUCCCAAAACACGAGGGACAGACCUCCAGGCCCCAUCAUACCCUGAAAUGUCUCAUGGGAUUGCCUCUCAGCAAAAGCACGGGCAGUUAACUUCUUCUCCCACUACCUCUGAGCAGCUUGCCUGUAAACCACCUGCUUUCUCCUUUGUUUCUCCAACUAAUCAGAAAACGCCACCUGACCCAGUUAACCUCGACGGAGCCUCUGUGCUAGAGGAGUUCCACACUAGGAGGCUGGAUGUCAGUGGGGCCUUGGUGGAAGAAACAACUACGUAUUUUCAAACUUCUGCUCACUCUUCACCCUUUUUUGCACGGAAGGGCACCUCCUCGACGUCACAGUUUCCCCAUUUCACUCAGUUAUCAGGUUCUAAUUUAUCCAGUCCGAGACCUGCAGAUAAGAAACCUGGACUGGCAUCUGAAGUUCCGAAGAAAACAGCUUUCACCUCACAUGUCCUUAGCCCCAGAGAAAGCCCGAGAACCACUUCUCCUUCACCAUCCUCCAGUGCUUCUCUGAAGUCAAAUUCGGGCUCAUAUAUACCAGUCCGUAUUGUCACACAUUCGCUCUCUCCAAGUCCCAAACAGUUUACCUCCUCGUUCCAUGGCUCUUCUUCCACUAUCUGUAGCCAAGUGUCAUCUAGUGGAAAUCUCUCAAAGUCAGGGGUGAAAUCUCCAGUGCCUUCCCGGCUUUCCCUGCUCACUGCCAUGCUCAAGUCAAACCCUUCUCACCAAAGACCCUUUUCCCCUGCAUCCUGUCCCACUUUCUCUCUCAACUCCUUGGCUUCUUCCACACUCACACUCGAUCAAAAAGCAAAAGAAACCCCGUCCACACCUAAGAAAUCUUUCUCUAGUUGCUCCCUGAGAACGGGGUCUCCAGAACAAAGGGAACACCAAGUUUCCGAACUCAGCCAGCAAUCCUUUCACAUACCUUUUUUUGCCAAAUCUGCUCCCCUUUCUCAGGCAGGCUCCCUCUCUCCCACAACACAUGUUGAUAGUAGCCUUGUUUCUUUGAAUGUAGAGAAAACAUCACCCACUUCUUUGAAGGGGAACCCAACAUUCUCACUGCUACAGACUAAUACAUUGAGUUCUGUGGGUCUUCCUCCCGUUCCACCAAGUGUUCCUUCUCUUUCUUUGAAGGGCAAACAGGAUGUUGACCUCAGGGGUCCAGAAAAGCCCAGGAAUAUUCACAUACAUCCUACAUCAGCCUCAUCUGCAUUAUCUACUCUAUCUCCUCCUGAUAACCAAAGGGCCACACUCUCCUUUCCAGAGAAAUGUUUCCAUCCUUCCCCAGCUCUUUCAGACCUGAUAAACAGAUCUAAGAGAACAGCCCCGCAGCUAGCUGACCAGGGACAGAAUCCUUCAAUUUCUCCUUCACCCCCUGUCUCCAGUGCUAGCUCUGCUUCACUUUCCACACUGGGGUCCUUCCCACUCCCUCGUGCUACUCUGUCCACCCAGACACUCCAGCUCCAUCCCUCAACACUGGAUCCAAAAUUUGGCAGUGGUACCUUGCCUUCAAGACUUGGGAAAUCUGAAAGCUCGAUAUCCAACCACAGGUCAUCUGUUUCAACCCCAUCACCUCCCAUUUCUCUAACAAGAACCAAGGAGCUGAUUUCACCUUGUGCAUUGUCCAUGCCAACAGGCCUUGAAAAUAAGAAACCCAAGCAAUACAAGACCAAGUCAAGCUACAAGGCUUUUGCAGCAAUCCCUACAAACACAUUGCUUUUGGAACAGAAGGCGCUUGAUGAACCAGCCAAGACUGAAAGUGUCUUCAAGGACAACACUUUAGACCCACCUCUGGAGCAUUCUGACUCUCCCUCGAGUUCCUCACAGACAUUGUUGGGUUCUGACACAAUGAAAAUGUCUACAACUCUUCCAAGAGCAGCUGGUCGAGAAACCAAAUAUGCAAACCUAUCCUCGCCAUCCUCUACAGUAUCUGACAAUCAGUUGACUAAGCCUGGAGUAAUUCGCCCAGUACCUGUAAAAUCCAAAAUACUACUGAGAAAAGAGGAGGAAGUCUAUGAGCCCAACCCUUUCAGUAAAUACCUGGAAGAUAACAGUGACUUCUUUUCUGAUCAGCAAUGAAGUUGGAUCAGAAGCUGGAAGCAGGGCGCGCUGAAGUUUUCUGGAAUGCUGGUGCUAAUCACUUGCUAGAUUUGAUGUUUAAUUUUUUUUUUUCCUAUGAGUGUUUCCUUUAUGAACUGCAGUAGAAGUAAAAAAAAAAAAAAGUGUCCUGCAGGCAUA